AUGGACUCCUUCAAAAAAGACGGGCCUGUUGAUUGCUCCGUUUGUCUAAGCGAGAUAAAAAGAACUCAUGGUGGUAUUACAUGUGCUCAGGAUCACCAUACUUGUCCUGACUGUUGAGUUGAACUUAUUGAUGAUCUUUUAUGAGACCCUCAAACUAAAAUUCCUGCCAAAUGUAAGAUAUGCACAGUUGAACUCAACUCAGCUCAAAUUGAAAUGCAUUUGGCUCCUGGCCAAGAUAAGAUUUACCAGAAGCAUUUAAUUAAAUAAAUCAAUCGAUCCAACAGAAGAAGUUUUAGUAAGCUGUCCUUUCUGCAAAUAUGCUGAAGUUUGGGGAGUUGAAAAUGACUGCAAUUACUUCUACUGCAGAGCUGAAGCCUGCAAGAAAGCAAGUUGUGCAAUAUGCCAUAGAGAAUUUAAAGCUCCCAAGAGUUUUGCGGUUUCUGAAGAGGAAUACGAAGAAAUGUACUCUGAAGGAGGCAUGCUCACUCACCAAAGAUGCCUCGAGUAUAAAGAUAUGAAAGCAGACUGGGACAAAGCAACGCAGUUAGGCGUCAUGAGAGUUUGCCCUGGUUGCGGGAAGGGAGGCCGAAAAGAUUAUGGGUGCACACACAUGACAUGCGGUCAUUGUUCUACUAACUGGUGCUAUUUCUGUGGUAAAAAAGAAGCAGACCUUGAUAAAUCUAAUCCGUACGGAAGCAUUGGCAUGCAUAAUACAGAUUGGGAAACUAACCCGAAUAGAUGUCCUUUUAAUCUCAUUGAAAUUGGAGAGAUUGAUGAGAGAUGGGAUAAGGACAAUGAUGAUAUAAAUAUGGAAAUCCUGCAUAAAAUCUUGUGUAACAGAGCUAUCAAAGAUUUCUUUGAGAAGUAUAGCAUCUCAGAGUUUGAAGAACUGUGCGAGGUGUUUCCCACUGUUGCUAACCAUGGGCAAGAUCUUGAAGAAGCUAAGACCAUGGAUCUGACUUUGAUUAAAAGAUAA